GCAGGUUUGACCCAGCCACAUCCCAAUGCUGGCUGCGUGCUAGUUGGACCUGAUGGCCGCGUGCUUGCCGAGACGUUUCAGCGGGCGCAGGGCACAGAGUCAGCGGAGGUGCAGGCAUUGCAGCAGGCAGGCCCCUCAGCACGGAGGGCAACGGUGUACACCAACCUUGAGACGGGGGACUGCCACGGUGAUGACACAUCGGUGGCAGCCCUCAUUCAUGCUGGCGUCAGGCGAGUGGUGCUAGGAAUCAGACACCCAUUGGCGCACCUCCGGGGCAAGGCUGUGCGCGCGCUCAGGAGCAGCGGUGUCACAGUUGACAUCCUGGAGGACGCCGGAUCCUCUGCGGAUCCUGACCGCCUCGAGGAGUGCCUGCGUGCCUGCCUGCAAGUCAAUGAGGCGCUGCUGCAUAGAGCGGUGACCGGGCGGCCCUUCUCAGUCCUGAAGUAUGCCAUGACGGCAGAUGGGAAGAUUGCCACGUCCAUGGGGCACUCUGCGUGGGUGUCGUCCCCGGCGUCUAGGCAGCUGGUCUUUGAAGCCCGUGCGCGAUCAGACGCCGUCAUUGUCGGUGGCAACACGGUGCGGCGAGACAACCCUCGGCUGACCACUAGGCGAGAAGGGGGCCACGCACCUGUCAGGAUUGUCAUGUCCAGAACACUCGACCUGCCUCAGGAUGCUAACCUGUGGGAUGUCUCGUCUGCGCCCACCAUAGUCAUGACACAGAGGGGCGCCCGGAAAGACUUCCAGGAAAUGCUGCAGUCCAGGGGAGUGGAGGUGGUGCAGUUUGACUUCCUCACGCCCGAGGCAGUCGCUGCAUACUGCCAGGAGCGUGGUUUCCUGCAGGUAUUGUGGGAGUGCGGUGGUACGCUGGCAGCGCCAGCCAUUGCAGCAGGGGUGGUUCACAAGGCACUGGCCUUCAUUGCUCCCAAACUGAUCGGUGGUGUGCGCGCGCCGUCUCCAGUGGGGGAGCUUGGCAAUGUAGAAAUGACCCAGGCGCUGACUCUUGCCGACACUCAGUGGCAGGCAGUCGGCCCAGACAUGCUCCUCACAGGUGCCCUGCUGUGCUCUGCUCCCUAUUGCCCAUCCCAACGCAAAGAUUCUGUGCUGACAGCGGUGUUUGCUCAUUCGUGGUUGCAGUGUGCGGAGUUCUACAAGUCUUGGGACCGGUACGGGUCGCUGUCGAACUUCUCGGCGCACCCCGUGAGCCUGCCCGAUGGCCCUGUCAGCGCCAGUGGGUCCCUGCCUGACGAGCCUCUCAGGGAGUGGCCCAGCGUGGAGCACUUCUACCAGGCCCAGAAGUUUGCAGGUGUGCAGCAUGCGGAGGCGCUGGCAGUUGUGGAGCGGAUAGCGGCGGCAGGGAGCCCGGAGGAGGCUGCGCGCAUCGGCCGGGGCACCGAGCGCGGGGAGCCGACCCUGCUGCGCCCCGACUGGGUCACCGCCAAGCUGGCCGUCAUGUACGCUGGCCUUCGCGCCAAGUUUGUGGCGCAUUCCGGUCCGCGCGCGCUGCUGCUGGAGACGGCCGAGGAGGGGUCGGCAGGGGGACCCCUGGAUCUGGUGGAGGCAUCGCCUCAUGAUUUCUUUUGGGGGCGCGGCGUCGACGGCUCCGGCGCAAAUCACCUAGGCACUUUACUCAUGAGCAUCCGCGACGAGCUCAUCGCAGCGCAGCGCGCAAAACAUGCACAGCGUAACAGCGAGUUUGAGCACAGUGAGCCCACUGCAACCAGAUGA